CAACUUGGCUGAAGUGUCACCAGGACGACACUGACAGACUUCAGUAAAGUUUCUGCUCUGCUGCUGCCCCGGUCCAAACAUGGCCCCUAGCACGCAGCUGAAGGAAGCUAUAGCCGAUAUGCAGGAUGGUAUCCGUGCCAUCCUGCUCGGACCUCCCGGGGCUGGAAAGGGAACUCAGGCCCCUCGGCUGGCAGAAAAGUACUGUGUUUGCCACCUGGCCACAGGAGACAUGCUGAGGGCCAUGGUGGCUUCGGGCUCAGAGCUCGGCAAGAGAUUGAAGGAGACGAUGGACGCCGGAAAACUGGUCAGUGAUGAGAUGGUGGUGGAGCUCAUAGAGAAGAACCUCGACACGUCGGCCUGCAGGAAUGGCUUCCUGUUGGACGGAUUCCCUCGCACAGUCAAACAAGCAGAGAUGCUGGAUGACUUGUUGGUAAAGAGACACGAGAAACUGGACUCUGUAAUCGAGUUUGCCGUGGAUGACUCUCUGUUGGUCCGCAGGAUCUGUGGCAGACUAAUUCAUCAGCCGAGUGGACGCUCCUACCACGAGGAGUUCAACCCCCCCAAAGAGCCCAUGAAAGAUGACCUGACAGGUGAGCCGCUCAUCCGUCGCAGCGACGACAACGAGACGACACUGCGUUCCCGCCUGGACGCCUACCAUCGUCAGACUGUCCCUCUGGUGGAGUAUUACAGAGCUCAGGGUCUGCACACGGCCAUCGAUGCCGCCAAGAGCCCAAAUGUCGUCUUUGCCUCCAUCGUAGCUGCCUUCACCGCCGCCACGGAAGCUCCGGCACGCGCAACUGCCUCUGGUUGAAUCCUGAGCUGCUCCAUUCUCAUCGGAGGGGGCGGAGGGAGAGAUGUCGGGUGGGUGGACACAUGGAGGGGAGGGGAUUUUAGACUGGGAAGAAUGCUGAGACUUUAAAAAUUAUGGUUAACUUUGCGGUGCUGUGGAGCUCUUAUUUUUCGGCACUUAAUGUCAUUUUCAUCAUGUUUUCCCUUGCAAUAAAUCCCAUGCUUUCCUACUGUUA